AUGGCUUCACAAGCUCCCAAUCAGCCGCGCCCCUACCCAGGCAAUUACCUUCCUAACGGCGGCGCUCCUGGUGUCCCCUCAGGCCCAGCGCCUGGAGCUGUCCCGCUGCUUCCCAACCAGGGCCGCGUGAUCCAGCAAGGAAGCGUACGAGUUCUCUGCAUUGCCGAUGUUCGAGGAAACCUGCAAUCGCUGAACCAGCUCGCCGCCGAUGCCCGCGCAAACUACAUCAUCCACACUGGCGAUUUCGGCUUCUACGAUGACCGCUCGCUGGAUCGCAUUGCCGAGAAGACUCUCAAGCACGUAGCCCAGUACUCGCCGCUCCUAUCAGACACGGUCAAGCGCUCCAUUGCCUCGGCACCGCCUCAGCCUCCCAUCAAGGAGCGCUUCGCAAGAGAACACCUGCCCCUCUCAGAAUUGCCCCUCUUCUUAAACAAGACCUUCACACUAAACGUGCCUGUAUACACUGUGUGGGGAGCAUGCGAAGAUGUCCAAGUCCUUGAGAAGCUGCGGUCGGGUGAGUACAAGGUGGACAACCUACACAUCAUCGAUGAGGCGCAUUCACGGCUACUCGACGUCGGUGGUGUCAAGCUGCGACUACUCGGUCUCGGCGGUGCUGUCGUUAUGCACAAGCUCUUCGACAACGGCGAAGGCAGGACUACCAUUGCAGGUGGACAGGGCACAAUGUGGACCACCCUGCUGCAAAUGGGCGAACUCGUCGACACGGCCAACCGCGUAUACGACCCGACCGAGACCCGCAUAUUCGUCACCCAUGCUUCCCCCGCGCGUGAAGGUCUGCUCAACCAGCUGUCUGUCACAUUGAAAGCCGACUUCUCCAUCUCUGCUGGUCUGCAUUUCCGCUACGGCAGCUCCUACAAUGAGUUUAGCGUCAACCCAACCCUUGACCACUACCGCGGAAAGCUCGCCGCUUCCAAGGCUUCGUUCAACGAUGUUUGGGAUACAGUCAAAACUGAAGUCGAGCCUGCUGUCGCCGACAGCGAGUCCCAGCAGCGCCUCCUCGCUCUGGCACUUGAAAUAGUGAACAAGAUGCCCACAGUGGCCAACGGCGGCAAUCCUUUUGGCGGUCCUGCUCCAGGCCCCCAAAGCGGCGUUAUCGAUGAGAGUGCAUUCAAGAACAUGUGGAACUUCAACCUUGCGGAUGCUGCCUAUGGAUGGCUUGUCCUGGAUAUUGACAAUGGCAGAAUUGGUACUGAGAUGAGGGCUCAGGGUUUCAACUUUGCCCACCGAGGUGGCAAGGUCGCGCCAGGCCAGACUCAGCCUGCGGCCGCCAACACUUCAAGCGGCCCUCCGGCUGCUGUAAACCCCAGCCCCUCUGCUCAGCCAUCCCCUGUUCCUGGACGUCAAGGUGGUCCCCCCACGAGCGCCCCUCAGCAACCUCGCCCAGCGGUCGCCACCCCACCUGUUCCUCAGCAGAAACCCAACAGCGGCACCCAGCCCGUACGCGCUGCUACCCCUAAGGAGCCCAUCAAGGCCGCCACCCCACAACCCCCAGCCAACAACGGAGCUUCCAAUGCUGGAGCUGAGAAGUCGGCUCCUAGCGAAGCCAAGCCCAAUGGCACCGCGGCCCCAGAGAAAGCCGCAUCGCCAGCACCCAGGGAACCCGUCGAGCGGAAAGAGAGCAAAGGACUGUUCAUCGCCGGUGUCAAGGACGAAGAGGAAGCCAAGAGCCUGCUAGCGGAGGAAGAUCGGUCCAAGAUUGAGAAGAUUGAGAAGAUUAAACAUUUCUUUGUCGCCCACUUCCCCACAUCGCAAGAUAUGCAUGGCGCUCUUCGUCGCGUUGCGGAUGAUGUCAGGAAUGCUAGGGGAGGACCAGAGAACAAGACGGUCAAGAUCUAUAACGAACGCGGCCCAGGCAGCAACCAACCCAGGUACGGUGCUGGUAACUGGCAGGCCAGCAACCGGGGCGGUGUUCAAGGUGGCGGCUACCGAAGUGGAGGUGCUUCUGAUAGCGAAGGUGGUCGCGGUGGCCGUGGCGGUCGUGGUGGCUCUUCGCGGGGUGGACGAGGUGGAGAGCGAGGCGCUCGUGGCGGUCGAGGAGGAAGGGGUUCGUUCAGGGGCGGUGCAGGUGAAGGUGCGGCAGCAUCCACUGGAGGCGAGUCAUAA